AUGGAUGCUAAUCAAGGCCCAGGCCAGGGCAGCCCAGAGAGCCCUAACCGGGCGGUGGAGUACCUUCUUGAACUCAACAACAUCAUCGAGAGCCAGCAGAAGCUUCUGGAAACUCAGCGGCGCAGAAUUGAGGAGCUGGAGGUCCAGCUGGACCGGCUCAGCCAGGAGAACAAGGACCUGCGUUUGGACCGGCAGCCCGUCGUUCCUCCCCCACCCGCUCCUCCUCCCGAGCCUCCACUCCCUCCUCCACCUCCGCCGCCUCCACCGACCACAUCGGCUUCCGCGUCUGCCAAGAAUCACCAACAACUCCACCACCACCACCUCCAUAAUAGCCAAUACCAAGCUCCUCCGCAGCCUCCCUCCUCCAUCCCCCUCCACCAGAGCCACCACCACCACCAGUACCAUCAGCACCACCACCACUCCUCCGCCCACCACUCCUACAACAGCUCCAACAGCUCCAACAGCACUCCUACGACGGCGAUCCCAGUUCCCGCUCCGUCUUCAGCCCCGACCUCCAUCUCGAUCCCUACCCAAAUCCCGACUCCGAUAUCGAUACCGACCCCGGCUCCGGCUCCACCUCCUCCGCCUCCGAUGCCAUCCCGGGAUCAGCCGCGGGCCCACAGCCGGCUGACCCGCCUACCCUCCACCAGCACCGGCACCAACACCAACUUCGUGGAGAAAGAGAAGGAGAGGAUUGAGCGCAUGCACAGAACCAACACCUCCAACAACCACCACGCCCACACCCUCCACCACCAGAAAUCUGUGGAGGGCGACUCUCAGUGUCCGGAGGCGCUCACUUUUUCUGACACGUCCUUCGGCCACCCGCCUCCCUUCCAUCGAUACAGUAACAGCCCUCUCACCAGCCCCUGUGACCCCUACGGCUCCACCGGCGGGCCCCUGGGAGCCUGCCACACACAGGGAAGCUCUCCCGUCUCUCCCCCCAGCCCGGCGAGCCUUGCCUGGGCUCAGCGCAGCCGACACCAGCCGGCCAGCCUGGCGCUCCGCAAGCAAGAGGAGGAGGAGAGCAAACGCUGCAAGGCUCUAUCUGACAGCUAUGAGCUCUCUACAGACCUCCAGGACAAGAAGGUGGAGAUGCUGGAGAGGAAGUACGGGGGUCAGUUCGUUUCGCGGCGGGCGGCGAGGACGAUCCAGACGGCGUUCCGGCAGUACCGCAUGAACAAAAACUUCGAGAGACUCCGCAGCUCCGCCUCAGAGAGCAGGAUGACCCGCCGCAUCAUCCUGUCCAACAUGAGGAUGCAGUACUCGUUUGAUGAGCGUCAGCCGCAGGGUCAGGGGUCAGCGUGUCAGCGGGGAUCAGACGACGCGGGAGACAUCGACGACUCCUUCUCCAAACAGGUGAAGUCUUUGGCCGACUCCAUGGACGACUCCCUCACCUGCCAGUCCGGACGUGAAGACUCCCAGGAGGCGGGAGGAGAGGGGGAGGAGGACGAAGAAGAGGACGAGGAGGUGUUGGACGAAGAAGAAGAAGAGGAAGAGGAGGAAGGGGAGGAGGACGAGGAGGAAGACGAGGAAGAGGAUUACAGAGAGUGCGCCUGGCGUAACUCCAGCGCUUCGUCUCGACGCGUGGUGGGCCGGGUGGGGGGAGUAGGUGUAGGGAGGGGAGGCGCCUCCAUGCAUGAGGACAGCACCGCCACCUCCUUCAGCGACGUCACCCUCUACAUGGACGACGGCUGCCUCCCCUCCUCGCCGCUGUCACGCCCUGCCUCCAGCACCGACACAGAGUACUGGGGGGGGGGAGGUGCAGGUGUGAGGGAGGACAGCAGGGAGACGGAGGGAGGCAGCAGCAGCCGGAGGAGCAGCACCCCCUGCACUGAGUGUCGGGGGGAGUACAGAGGGAGGGCAGGGGGAGGAGGUGGAGGAGGAGGAGGUGGAGGAGGAGGAGGACAUCUUCCUGUUCUGACGAUAGAACCACCCAGUGACAGCUCAGUGGACAUGAGUGACAGGUCAGAGCGAGGCUCCAUCGGGCGCCUGGUGUACGAUCAGGAGCCGUCGGGAGUCGACCGAGGAGCCGGGGAGCGAGAGAGGAUGGGAGAAGAAGGGGAAGGAGAGAGUGGGGAGGACGAGCAGCGAGGAGGAGGAGGGGGAGGCAGCAGCGAGGCCGACUCCCCUCAGGGAACCAUCAAACACAAACCCAACGGCCGCUCCGUCCCGACGGCGCAGGGUCAGACCCGCAGCCCCGCCAACGUCCCCUUACCGAUGCCUUCAGCCCGGGCCCUGCCGCCUCACCCGCUCCCUCACCCUCUACACUCCCACCCUCACCCCCACCCGUCACCUAUCCCCCACCUGCCCACCAUCCUGCACCACCACCCGCAGUACAGCCAGCCGCACGUCAUGCACAUGCAUCACGUGCACGGCCCGUACAUCCAGCAGGCGCACCACUUCGCCCAGCACCACUACCACCACCUGCACCACCAGCACCACCACGGUUACCCAGAACCCCCUUCUUCCCCGCUGCCCUCCCCGGUACCCCCACUCUCCCCUCUUCCUCCCCCGCUCACGCCUUCGCCGCUCUCCUCCUCCUCUGCGCUGCAGAGCAUGGAGGCCCAGCAGCACCACCACCCCCACCUGCACCACCACCACCUGCUGUGCUCCGACGGAGACAACGAGAGCGUGAACUCCACCACCACCAACUCCAACGACGACACCACCGUCAACAACUGCAGCUCCGGCUCCUCGUCGCGCGACAGCCUGCGGGAGCCAAUGGGAGGAGGCGCUCCGGGGAAGCAGACCUAUCAGAGGGAGAGCCGCCACAGCUGGGACUCCCCCGCCUUCAACAACGACGUGGUGCAGCGGCGGCAAUACCGCAUCGGACUCAACCUGUUCAACAAGAAGCCAGAGAAGGGGAUCCAGUACCUGAUCGAGAGGGGCUUCGUGUCGGACACUCCGGUCGGCAUCGCCAGGUUCAUCCUGGAGAGGAAGGGUCUGAGCCGGCAGAUGAUCGGAGAGUUCCUGGGCAGCCGGCAGCAGUUCAACAAGGACGUCCUGGACUGUGUCCUGGAUGAGAUGGAUUUCUCGGGGAUGGAUCUGGACGAUGCUCUGAGGAAGUUUCAGGCUCAGAUUAAAGUUCAGGGUGAAGCUCAGCGGGUGGAGCGGCUGGUGGAGGCCUUCAGUCAGCGGUACUGUGUUUGCAACCCGGUGCUGAUCCGGCAGUUCCAGAACCCAGACACCAUCUUUAUCCUGGCCUUCGCCAUCAUCCUCCUCAACACCGACAUGUACAGCCCCAACGUGAAGCCGGAGAGGAAGAUGAAGCUGGAGGACUUCAUCAAGAACCUGCGAGGCGUCGAUAACGGGCAGGACAUCCCCAGAGAUCUGCUGGUGGCGAUCUACGGACGGAUCCAGAAAUGGGAGCUGAGGACGAACGACGACCACGUGUCCCAGGUCCAGGCGGUGGAGAGGAUGGUGGUCGGAAAGAAGCCGGUGUUGUCGCUGGCUCACCGCAGGUUGGUGUGUUGCUGUCAGCUGUUCGAGGUCCCCGACCCGAACCGAGGUCAGAGGAGCGGCGUCCAUCAGAGAGAAGUCUUCCUGUUCAACGACCUGCUGAUGGUGACGAAGAUCUUCCAGAAGAAGAAGACUUCGGUGACGUACAAUUUCAGACAAUCGUUCCCUCUGGUGGACAUGCAGGUCCACACCUUCCAGAACACCUACUACCCUCACGGUAUCAGACUGACGUCGGCAAACCCUGGAGGAGAGAGGAAGGUUCUGAUCGUCUUCACGGCGCCGAGUCAGCAGGACCGAGCUCGAUUCACCUCUGACCUCCGAGAGAGCAUCGCUGAGGUGCAGGACAUGGAGAAAUAUCGCGUGGAGUCCGAGCUGGAGAAGCAGAAAGGAGUGAUGCGCCCCGGUGUGAUGGCGGGGGGAGGACCGGGAGGCGGGGGGACGCCAGGGGGAGGGCCUAUUGGCGGCAUGAAGGGCGAGGUGGUGAACGGCACUCUGGGUAGAGUGAGCCUCGACGACACGUACGCCUCGGUGGACGGACUCAAACGCACCGCCCUCAGCUCCUCACUGAGAGACCUCUCAGAAACAGGGAAGCGAGGUCGUAGGAACAGUGUCGGGUCAUUGGACAGUACCAUUGAAGGUUCCAUUAUUAGCAGUCCCCGGCCCCACCAGCAGCGCCCCCUGCUGGCCGGAGGUCUCCCCUACAACAUGAUGGUCCCCUCGUCUCCAGCAGCUUACCGGCCACACCGCCCUACUCAGAGCCCCGGUACAGGGGUGGGGGGUGGGCCGGGGCUCUGUCACAACCCGGGGGGGAUCACCACCUCCCCACUCGUGAGCGGGGGAGGGGCUGGGGUAGGAGGCGGGAUGGCGGGGGUGGGAGGCCCGAGUGGCGGUGGCGGCCUGCUAGGGAACUUCUUUGGGAGCAGGAGAGGCAAAGUUCCCGUUCCCUUGACGAUGACGUCGCCUCCUCCUCAGGGUCCUCCCAGUCCGCUGAUGAUCUCGUCACCCCCCCACUACCCCGCCCCCGCACCUCCCAUCGCCCACCCAGUCUCCCCUUCCCCAUGCCCCUCCCCAUCGCCCAACCUCGCUCAGUCGGACUCGGGAGGAGUUGGCGGGGUAGGCGUUGGGGUACUCGGGCCGUCCAAGCUGCAGGCGUUGCAUGCCCAGUAUUGCCACGGCAACAGUGGAGGUGUUGGAGUCAGUGGGCUCCAGCAGCAGCAGACUCCGCCUCCCCCCUACCACCACCACCACCGGUACCACAUGCAGAGCGCCCCCCCGCACCUCACCCUCUCACACAGGUUCUCCGCUCCCCCCCGCCGGCAGGGCCCUCCCCCUUCUCACCCGCCGCAGCAUCAGAGGCUGCAGCAUGGCGGCGGACCGCACCCCCGCUACAACCUGGGCUUUAUCACUCCCCCGCCGCUGUCCCCUCACUCCCCACUAACCCCUACUACCCCGCACGGACUCUACCACUCGGGGAGGCCGGGGGGAGGCGGCGGUGGCAAACUCCCGCUGACCAUUUCCCACUCUCAGCCUCACCCCCACGCGCACACACACUCUCACAACCACGCCGUGCACACACACUCCCCUCUAAGCCCUUCCCCUUCCGCCUCCCCCUCCACCCAUUUCAUCUUCUCCACGCCUCCUCCGCAGACGCCCUCGGCGCGCCUCGUCAGCCAGACGCCGCCGCAGCCCUACGGACCCCAAUAUCAGCAAUUGUCGUCCAUCCCGCCUCCUCCUCCGCACUCGCCCUUACCUCCCCCGCCAAAUACCCCACUCUCCCUACACCAAGGGGCUGGGGGAGGGCAGGGGGGAGGGUCCAAAUCCAAACCGGUCAGCCGGAUCAGCACGGUUGUGUGAGGAGGCAGAAGACGAGGACAGUGGUUCGUCGCCCCGCCGUGAGAGUGAGAGUGAGGAGGGCGAGGCGGAGGAGGAGGAGGGGAGGGCAGGUGCAGGCGUUUCAAAAUGGCCGCCUCAUGAGUAGGAGAUCACUGAGAGCGGGGAAGAGGAAGUUACUCAGCCUGUGUUAUUUUCACAUCCAGUUCCCCCGCAGGUAGAGAGACUACCCCCCCCGUAUUGAGGACGUUUGUUGGGAAACGUUUUUCCCUCGUGGAUCCAAAAACACCCAAGAACGGGAAUCACAGAUCUGAGUAGAAACAUCUGGAAGACCCGACGUCUUGACGACAAUCUCCUCCACCCUUCCUUCGUUGUGCCCUUCAGAGGUGGAUUCAAGAGGACAUGCGUGUUGUUCUUCCCUGACAGAGGAAGUGUUUGUGUCAUAUUGUGAGUAAAAAAUGUGUGAAGUGCUGUUGUGGACAAACGGUUCAGGGACCAGACGUGAAGGGAACAGUGCCUGUGGAUUUAUAUCACAAGGGGUUGGCGCUCGAUGCUAACACUACGUACCGUUUGAUGGGACAGUUCAGGUUUUUUAGGAUCCUGAGAACGAGUCCUUUUUACUAUAUUCCAAAAAAUCACACUAGUCUUGCAUCGCUUUGUUUUUGCACAAAAAGCACUUGUACCGUUGUUUUGGUUGUUGACAUAAUACAAGCCAUGAGGUGUCACUGAGAGGCAGAAGUGGUUAGCAUUAGUAUGGUGCAGUUUCUGUGUCUUAGACAGGCGUGCAUGACCUGUGCAAUAGCUAAUGAGUGUCGGUGUGUCAAUGGUUAAAGUCAAUAUGCAGGGGGAGGGAUUUGUUGUAAAUUAAAGCCCCAAUCCAGCAUUUAUUUGACCAUGAAAAGUGCAUUAGUGAAGGUUACUGAAGACUUUCCUAUCUCCAAUAAACUUUUUUAAUAUCUUUAAAUAAGCCAUCAAAACAAAAACUACAGGUGUCUUUUUACCUUUGUGUUUUGCAAAAAUGACUAAAAGCCUUUAGUGUUUGUGGAUAACAGGGUUUCAGCAGGGGUUGCUACAACAUUGGACUUAAGCAUGGUAACGGUUGGCUUUAGACAUUGCAAUUUUCCCAUUGAUUUAUUUGAUUAUUCGAAGAAAACCAAUGAAUUCUCCCCUGCAAGUGUCUAAGUAUAUUUGAACGUAUAAGCUUGAAUUAUAAUAUAUGUCAACUGUAUUUCAUGCUUCAUAUUCUAUGUGACCCUCUAUGUUGCUGGCAGAGGAGAUUAUGCUGAAAGGUGCCAAACAGGGUGCAGUAUGGGAAACAGAGUAUUUUCUUUAACUGGCUUCUUUGAAUUUGAUGAAGCCAUGGAGCUACAGUACCUCUGGACAUUUCUCAGUGGAAAUGUCAAAUGAACCGGGUGAGAAAUUACAUUCAAAACGGUAUGAUCAAUUUAGACAAUCUCAAUUGUGCAUUGCACAAAAAGAUCCAGUACGAGUAAUUUACAAAAACUGACAGUUUGUUAUUAUCUGAAGUCUGGACCUAUAGUAAAACAUACAACCCUCCAUAUUCACACCCCCAAUUUAGAUCACAACAAUUAGUAAAUGGGAAGACUUUAGCUGAAAUGCAUGUUGAACCUGCCAAAACCCUGUUCCCCCGCAUUCAGCCGUAUGUAUCUGUACAAGAGGUUUAGGGUCUGGUGAAUGUUUUUGGAGAUUCGACCAAAAGGGCUUUUUUGGCAGUUCUGAGAAAAUACUCAGAAUUCUGAAGAAAGAAUAUAGAAUUCUGAGAAGAAAAUCGAUCAAGUAUUUUGAGAAAAUAAUUUUAAUAUUGAGAAAAAUGUAGAAUCCUGGAAAAAUAGAAAAAUAUUCAAAAUCUCUGAAAAAAUAUGAAUCAUGACUUUAUUCUCGGAAUUGGGAAAAAAAUUCACAUGUAACCCUAAUCCUCUUACCGGCUUACACAUGUACAUCCUUUGUUGGAUACCAAAAAUAAAAUCUGCAGAGAGCAAAAUUCAGAAAAAAAUGAGCUUAUAAAAAAGUAUGAGCACAAGUUGACCCCAAGAUACAAAGAUAAAUCGUAAUGCUCCCAAACCUUUAGCUGGAACCACUCCAUUAUUACCUUUCGGAAACACACACCCCUUUUCUAACUGCAGACAGAUGUAUCUGGCUAGUUAGAAUAAGGAUUAAUUUCCCACUCAGUCCAAACUGUGUUAUUUCCUCUGAAUAUGAUGUGAAACCUUUCUGGUGACCUAGAGGGUGAUUAGAGAAGUUAAUCCAACUUCCACUGCAAAAAAGAAGAAUGAGGUGCCUUCAGAUGGAGGGACAUGACCAUAAGAAAAAAAAUAAGGAAAGGCCACCUCGGAAUAUAAAGACAAUUCAGAAUCUAAACAAGUAAUACAAAAUGAUUGAUUGUAUCCAUUCGAAAAGAACAAAUAUCAAGCCAUUUACUGCAUAUUUUUGAAAAUCUGGCUAAAGGACUGAUGCCAUCAUCUCACGAUCAUCCAAUAAAGGAACCUGAAACUGGACCUAAUUUCAUCUUGAAGGACUUACGAACAUCUCACAGGACUGAAGUGCAGAACAUGUUUCACCAACGCAGCACUAAGUGGAAUAUUCUUAAACAAACUCAUUUUUACACAUUAUUUUUGCACCUUGUGUUACCACGCCAGUAUUAACUUGUAUUUCUUCGCUCUCUCCAUUUGAUCGAGAUCGCCGGAUGUCAGGGCAGGAAGCCCAUGAUGGCUGAUAGAAAGUUCCUUCGACCAUAUGAACUAUUUUACCAGCCAUUUGUACUUUUUUGGACUAGAACUAAACCUCUCAGUGCUUGUUGCUUUCUUGUCAAAAGUGGCAGGUUUUGCCAGCCUCAUAAAAAUAUUUACCAGCGUUCAACUGGUGGAUGAUGAGAUAUUCCUCUGAUGUUCUGAAUGCAAUCAUCAAUGACAUGGUUUUUAGUUUCCUUGUGAUUACGUGUAUGCGCCAACUGUAGAUAAUAACUGUACAAUGUGUUCUAUUUUCAAUGGGGCCAACAGCACCGAUCUGUAAGUUCAGAAUUGCUUGAAUUAACAAAACGUAUGCUCUAAAAACCAAAAGCUCAUCAGGGUUCUUCACUUGAAAAACAAACAAUCAAAAUACCUUAAAUGUUUUUGUAGAAGCUUUUUGUUUCCGAGGUUUGUGGAAAUACUGUCCUAGAUUCUCAAUAGACGGAGUUCCUCAGGGUACCGUCUUGGGUCCUCUAUUGUUUUCAAUCUGAAGAACCCCUUUGGCUUUUUAGAGCGUGCUUCUGAUAUUAUUAUCAAUAUUGUUGUGUAACAAGCUUCUACUAACAUAACGUACUCCUUGGGCUGUUUUGUAUUUUUAGCAUUUUUGAUUUUGUUAUGUGCUUACGAGUGUGAGAUAUUUUUUCUGAUUUGGGCAUCUUUUGAAAGUACUAAAACUUUAUUUACAUUUUGUAAUAUGUUGACAACAAAACCAAUACCUUUCUGUGACUAACCAACAACUAAUAUUUUCUAAUAUUUUAAAUACAGACUGUGAUUAUUGCUUUCACUCACCCCCGCAGGGUUCUGCAAACAAACACCUCUGAAUCAUCGCGAAACCUCUCACCAACCUUUUAAUGGAAACAAGCAACACUUCUGCUACCAAACGACCUUUUAAAAACAUUAUAUGCUGAGCUGCUAGGAACUGAGGAUGGUUGGUUACCCAUCGUGUAUCUAAAAUCACCUACAGAAACACUUAAAUUAACCACAUGUCAAACAAAGGCUAGAACAAUUAAUUGAACACACUUGAAAUAUCAAAACAAACUUCUCGAGGAGCACUGGAUCAAACCUACCUCGCACAGGAUUACACAACAUUUCACCCUGAUCCGCUGCGUGCCUGAGCUGAAGCACAUCCUCACUAAAAUGUAUGUUUUAAAGCGACUUUACCCGUACUUUUGCAUGUUUUGGUCAACACAUUACUGCCAACCCUUUUUCCAUUAUCCCUUACGGACAGCCUUUGGUUUUAGUGAAGAUCUCUUUUAAAGAAAAUUUGCAGAGACUUGAUGCUGCCGAUAGAUAAUCCACUACUUUCAUAAUAAUGAUUUUGGAACUGCAAUGCUUUGCAGAGUUUGUGCACAAGUGUACAAACAAGCAUGCAUUCAACCGUGACCUCAAACUCCAAGUGAGUUUUUACAAUUUUGUUUUAGAUUAACCUUAUGUUGUUGAAACCCCAAAUACCCACUUACAGGUCCAGUUUACCAAAAAUGAUUGUCAGUAAUAACAGGAAAGCUAACCUGUACAAUUCUUGCAGGAACAACCCAAACAAAUGUAAAGGUCAAUUCUCUAUAAUGGAUUAGCUAUCUGUUGCAGGAUGCCAUUUUCUGCAAGUAGAUAUUCAUUGAAAUAUAAACCAAUCGCUGCCUGGACAUUAGGAAAUCAAUCUAAAUGGAUUGCGUGGUUGUCAGAAGUCAUUUACAGCAUAUGCAGUUAAAGGACAUACAAAAGCACAGGUAUGGCACUUUAAACUCCACAUUCAAAUUCGUUUUUUUCUGCCCGAGCCUGCUCUCCACUAUCGGUUUGCAUGUGGUAUUUAUUACAGUAUCUGCACUGAAUGAAGCUGUAUUAUAAACAUGAAUGUACAUAACCAUCAUUAUGAAAAAUAACAAUGCGAGUACUCACUUUGCUCUGCAGAGGGCAGUUUGUGUCUGGCUGGGAUGACACCAGGAAUGGAAGAUCUGUUUUUUAACGCCAAAAGAAACAGAUCUGACUGCUGCAGGCAAAACAGGGAACAUUUAAAAAAGAAAGAAAGAAAUGAAAGCAUAUCAGAUCUGUUUCGAAUAAAGUAAAACACGUAGAUCUUCUGUUUCUGUGUUAAGGAGAGCCUGAGUUGUGUGUGUCUAUACAAGGGCGAUGGACCUGGGUCUGUGUUGUACGAAACAACACAAUGGACCGCUUUGUUGAGGAAAAAUAUUUCUUGUUUAUAAUGUAGAGCAAAGAGAGACUGGAAUAGUCCUUGUAAAAUUGUAUGAGUACAGUGUCAAAUAUGUGUCAACAGAGACAACAUUAUUUUAAAAAUUAUGUAUGGAAAAUUUUAGCUGUGUAUAUAAAUAUAUAUUACUUGUACUUUGUUUUUGAAAUUGCAGAGAUAUGGAAAAAAGUGGAAAUAUUUAUUGCUCUAAAGAUAUAAAAAAUCUGUUCAUGUUGAUGGAA